UUACGUAAUUGAUUCUCAUGUGUGCAUUUGCCAUGCGCAUUCUGAAGAACCACGUGGAAAAUUAAUGGCAACAUGGAGAGAGUUGUGAAGCCCAAGAAUCAGCGCGUCAAGAGAGCUCUUGAGAGACAAGAGGCUAAGCUCAUUGAAAACACAAAAAAUGCCCUUUUUUUCCGUGGAACUCAUAGCAGUGAGGUCGUUUCCAUGCUCCUGAAAGACUUUUAUGCUCUCAAAAAACCAGAUGCUGUUGUUUUUCAACGAAAAAAUGAUGUCAGACCAUUUGAGGAUGCCAGCAAAAUUGAAUUCUUUAGCCGAAAGAAUGACAGUUCUCUCUUUAUGUUCGGAUCACACAGCAAAAAGAGACCUAAUAACAUCGUGAUUGGCAGGCUCUUCUCUCACCAAGUGCUGGACAUGAUAGAAUUGGGAGUGGAAAACUACAAGAGCAGGCAAUCAUUCAAGUUGGAAGGAAAUAUUCUCGGAUCAAAACCUUGUUUAAUAUUUUCUGGCGACCAGUUUGAAACAGAAUCCACUUAUGCAAGGCUUAAAAACCUGCUAAUUGAUUUCUUCCAUGGGCCUACUGUUUCUCAAGUGCGAUUGGCUGGACUAGAUCAUGUGAUGACAUUCACCGUUUUUGAGGGCAAAAUCUACUGCAGAAAUUACAGGAUUUCAUUGAAGAAGUCAGGUACAAAGGUCCCUCGAGUUGAACUGGCCGAGGUUGGCCCAUCUGUGGAUUUUGUUUUGAGACGAACACAACUGGCUAACGACCAGAUAAUCAAAGAAGCUAGCAGACAGCCUAAAGCUACUAAGGUAAAGACAGUGAAGAAUGUGUCGAGAGAUGCGUUUGGGACAAAGCUCGGUAGAGUUCACAUGAAGAGGCAAGACUUCUCCAAGUUACAGACCAGAAAACUGAAAGGACUGAAACAAACACUCACCCAGAAGAGAACUAGUGGUAGUAGAAGUCAUUCAAGAACAACAAAGACACAUUAGAAUUUAUCAUACUUUUAAAUUAUGUUAUUACCGAGUGUUGCAAUCACCACGGCAUGUUUAUAGAUUUCUAAUGCUAUAUAUGAAUAAUUAUAAUGA